AUGAGUACUCCCGAUGUGUCCCACCUAUCCACCCAGCCUGCCCCUGCCCCACUCCAUGUUCAUCGGAUAGGCUUGUCUUCCACACCACCUCCCACAGCUUCCAGCACUCCCCCAGCGCCAAUUCCGCCUGCGACUCUGACCGCCCAAGCAGGUCUCCUCACCACAACCACUACUAACCAUCAGCCAUCUCUUUGGGAAGAUCCGCCACAGGAGACUGGCAGCGGUGGAUCAGCCCCCGGCAUACCCCCGCUAAACGCAAAAGAAACCGUCGAGCCACCAACACCCGGCAGCCGCUCAGAGACCGACGGUACACCUCUCUCGCCACUUACUAGAACUGCCGCCGACACAUCCGGCUCUACUGCCUCAAACCUCACUCCAGACGUGGGACCUCAGCAGAUAACACACGAUCUGGUGAACCCAAAUCACCCGUGCCGCUUCACCUUAGCUCCUCGGCUCCUGCCAGCGGUCCAUUGA